CGAGAGAGGGCGGCAUGGCCUGAGGUCGCUGCUAGCACGGGAAGUGCUUCUUCCGCCCCCAGGGAGAUGUGGGAGGGGGACGGGGUAAUCCUGAGGCCACAGCAGGCUGCAGUACGCAUUCGCCGAACCGGAGAGACCCUUUUACGCCCCUUGGCCACCUGGCUCAAGCAGGCCCUAGCAGCCUCUCCCCAGUGUCUUGGAACAGGCCCCAUCUAAUUAGAAUUGCGGUUUGUUGCUGAGCAAAAGCUCAUCCGCUUCUGAGAAAGUGGGGUCAGAGUAGACCUGCUGCUGAGAGAAUCCAGGCUCUGCUGCUGCCCAGCUUGGAGGGCCCUCUGGGGAGAACCCUUCCCGGCCUCUGUUUACUGAUCUCUGCAAUGGGUGCAUUAGGGAGUAGUCCUCACUAGGGCACCCCAGACAGGGUCGUGUGUGUGUGGGAGUCUUAGUGGCUAUGGUGUCGGCAGUUUUCUGGGGUUGUGUUGAGGUUCUGAGGUUGGGUUGGGGAUACUCUGUGACCUUGUCCUCAGAGAAGAGACCCCCAAGAGAUACCCAGGGCAACUCUGCUGGAGUCUGGACUGGGCAGGGGUUGCACAGGGUAUCUGACUCUCACUCCUUGUUGCUGUCCUUGACUGUAUGGGCAGGAACUAGCAGGGCUGGUUUGGGCUCUGGCUCUAGGUACUGAGCCCUCAUGCCCUGCUGGGAUGCAGGUGGGGGUGGGUGGCAGGCUGCCCUCCUGCCAGGCUGGGCCAAGGCCGCAGCAGUGCCCAGUGGCCAACCCAGACUGUUUAGUGUUUAUAAAAGUGUUCCUGCACCGGGCCAUUCUGGACACAGCCAGACUUUGUCCCUAUCUGGCCCAAACUGCCCCAUUCCUCUGUGGGGGUGGGAGUGGGGCUGGCAGAGGGAGCAGCUCUGGCUCAGCUGAUGGGAACUGCAUCGCUAAGAGAAAUCUGGCUUACAUAUUGACUGCAGUGAUCAGGGCACAGUCGCUGGAACCACACACAGCCCUGUCACUCACCAGCUUAGCCAGCUUAGCCUCUUGCACCUCAGUUUCUCUGUUUAUAAAGUGGAACUGAUAUGAGUGCCCACCCCAUGGGAUGUGAGAGGAUUAAAUGAGCACAGUAUCUGUCCUAGAAUCAGUGCUCCUGACAGUGCCUAUUGUGUUUAUUCCCAUGACGAUGGUCUUGAUAUCUAGUUUCCUUUGCCAUAGACUGGGGAUGAUAAAGCGUCCUGGGUUGUGGAUUCUUUUUGAUGCUCUAGAAGAUUCUCCCUGAUGCUUCAGGAGCUCCUGGGCCCAGUGGCCAGCUGGGCUGGCAUGACCUUCUCUUUGCCCAGGCCUCUGGGAUGGUCAGAGGUGGAACAAGAGUUGGGACCCUGGCUGCCUGACCCCAGAGCUCAUUGCCUGGCACUUGGAGAGGUGCUGCUCCCAGAGGAGCCGGUCCCGAGUGCCCCGCACUCUAGGGCUUGGCAUCACUGGCUCAUGGACUGGGCCAGAUGGCCCGAAGCCUCAGGGGCUGAGCAUGUGGGAGGGAAGCUUGGGGCACUCAGAGGCUCCCAAGCUCACCUCCCUCCUCCCCGCAGUGGAAUCUUUUUUGUUUUGAAAAUUUUCUCUGUUCAGGCUUGCUGCUGGUUGCCCCAGGAGCCUGUCCUCCCUCCAUCCAGGUGACAUCACCCCUUUCCUCUGGCUCAUGUGAGUUAGAAGGAGGGCUGUGCCCUGCCCUCUGGUGGGGCCUGACCUUUUGAGGAAAGUCCAGCCAGUGAGUUUCUGGUGACGUGGUUGAGCUGAUGGCAGGGGUGAGGCAGAAGGGUGCAACAGGGGGCCUGUUGGCGGAGCAUACCUGACCAGGAGCAUUGGCUCAGGGCCCAGCCUGGGAGGUACUUGGAAGCCAGUUAUACCCCAGAAUGCACAUUUUCUGGGGCCUGAGCUGUCCAGGGGUAGGGGACUCCUCCUGCCUGGGUGACCCCUGGUGGGGUGGUUCUUGCACCCAGCUUACAAGCUGGGCGGUCUGGGCAGGAGGGCAUUAGCUGGUAUUCACGGGGAGCUGCUCUAUGUCCAGGCAGUGGCUGUGCUGGAGCAGAGGAGGGGGUUCUGCUCACAGUUGCAGGGUGGGGAACAGAGGUCCCACUUUACACAUCAUGUGUAGGAUGAGGUGGCAGGGGUAUGGGGUGAUCUGGGACCUCAGUGGGCCCUAUCAACCCCUAACCUGCCUGGAUAGGGAUAUUUGGGGGUUCUCUAGGAUUGGCAGAGGCUCUUAGAACCCUUACCCUCUGCGGAAUGGAGAAAGCCCCCAUCACUGAAAGCCCAAGAUUUAGAUAUUUUCCCUGGGAAGGUACAGGUGACAGAGUGAGGUGAGAUGAGCUGCAGGGCCUCGUUGCCCCUGGUCUGGGUGGGCUUCCAGUCUGUACCUGCCUGGGCUGUUAGCUGUCUUGAGUGGCACUGGUCCUGGGUAUAAGCUCUCAGGGUGUCCAGAGUAUAGGAGCCAGAGAGGGCAGCUCCAGUCCAAGGGCUGGGCUGGGCCUGGGGCUGCCUUCCAUUCUACUCUUCCUGCCCCAUCCAGACCUUAGCCCUUCCUGCAAUGAAGUGGGGCCAUUGUUGGGCCUAGUGUCACCAGCCUUCUGGCUGGGCCUGGGAGAGAGGGCACUCUGGGCCAGGAUUGCAGUCACAGGGAGUCACUGGUCACUUUUGGUUGCAAUGACUAGAGCCACAGCUCUCCUCAGAUAGUGUGCCUCUAUCACCCCCUGACACUUGCGCUCACUGGAUGCUUUUGUCCCUGCUUUUCCCUGACCAUGCACAACACACCUGACCCCUGGAGGACUCCCUGCCCUGGUUCUAGGGUGGUUGGCCUGAGACCCACUCCUUCUUGGUGGUACUCCCUGCACCUGCCCUGUGGCUCUCCAAGUGGGCUCCAGGACCUAGGUUGGGUGCUCCCUGAGGCAGGGCCUGGAGAGUUCAUGUCUCUGCACAGGCUUUGGGGACUGUCAGGGAAGGAGUGUGGUCUGGUAUGAGUGGGGCACAGCAGGGCUGGGGCUCAGGGCUGUUCAAUAUCUAUUGAUAGAGUUUACUGAGCUGGGGGCUCCCACCAGACAGUAAGCCCAGGGGGCUGGGAGAGUGUCACAUUCCCAGUCUCAUCACUGCCUAGCCCGGCACCAUCUGCCCAGUGGGAAUGACAAGUGCUGAUGAGCGGACAGUGGCUUGGUAGAGCCUCUUCCUGUCUUGGUCCUGCCAUUUAUGCCUCUCCUUCGUUGCGUGUGUCCAGAAUGAGUCAGCUGAGGCUGCUGCCGUCCCGUCUUGGGGCACAGGCUGCGAGGCUCCUGGCUGCACAUGACAUCCCGGUAUUUGGCUGGCGCAGCAGGUCCUCCAGGCCACCGGCCACCUUCCCAAGCAGCAAAGGUGGAGGCGGCUCCAGUUACAUGGAGGAGAUGUACUUCGCCUGGUUGGAAAACCCCCGGAGUGUCCACAAGUCCUGGGACAGCUUCUUCCGAAAAGCCAGCGAGGAAGCCUUUUCUGGCUCUGCUCAGCCACGGCCCCCUUCUGUUGUCCAUGAGAGCAGGUCUGCAGUCUCAAGUCGGACGAAGACCAGCAAAUUGGUGGAGGACCACCUGGCUGUGCAGUCCCUGAUCCGGGCCUACCAGAUCCGCGGUCACCAUGUGGCCCAACUGGACCCCCUGGGCAUUCUGGAUGCAGACCUGGACUCCUUUGUGCCCUCAGACUUGAUCACAACCAUUGAUAAACUGGCCUUCUAUGACCUGCAGGAGGCUGACCUUGAUAAGGAGUUCCAGCUGCCAACAACCACCUUCAUUGGGGGCUCUGAAAACACCCUCUCUCUGCGGGAGAUCAUUCGGCGCCUGGAGAACACCUACUGCCAGCACAUUGGCCUGGAGUUCAUGUUCAUCAACGAUGUGGAGCAGUGCCAGUGGAUCCGGCAGAAGUUUGAGACCCCUGGUGUGAUGCAGUUCUCCAGCGAGGAGAAGCGGACACUGCUGGCCCGGCUGGUGCGCUCCAUGAGGUUUGAAGACUUCCUGGCCCGGAAAUGGUCCUCAGAGAAGCGGUUUGGCCUGGAGGGCUGUGAAGUGAUGAUUCCUGCCCUCAAGACCAUCAUCGACAAAUCCAGCGAGAUGGGGAUCGAGAAUGUCAUCUUGGGGAUGCCACACAGGGGAAGGCUGAAUGUGCUGGCCAACGUGAUCCGCAAGGACCUGGAGCAGAUCUUCUGCCAGUUUGACCCCAAGCUGGAGGCGGCGGAUGAGGGCUCCGGGGACGUCAAGUACCACCUGGGCAUGUACCAUGAGAGGAUCAACCGCGUCACCAACCGGAACAUCACUCUGUCGCUGGUUGCCAACCCCUCCCACCUGGAGGCAGUGGACCCUGUGGUGCAGGGGAAGACAAAGGCAGAGCAGUUCUACCGUGGAGACGCCCAGGGCAAGAAGGUCAUGUCCAUCCUGGUUCAUGGGGACGCCGCCUUUGCUGGCCAGGGCGUGGUAUAUGAGACCUUCCACCUGAGUGACCUGCCCUCCUACACCACCAACGGUACCGUGCACGUCGUCGUCAACAACCAGAUUGGAUUCACCACAGACCCCCGAAUGGCCCGCUCCUCACCAUACCCGACUGACGUGGCCCGGGUGGUAAAUGCGCCCAUCUUCCACGUGAACGCCGAUGACCCAGAGGCUGUGAUAUACGUGUGCAGUGUGGCAGCCGAAUGGAGAAACACUUUCAACAAAGACGUUGUCGUGGACCUGGUCUGUUACCGCCGGCGCGGCCACAAUGAGAUGGACGAGCCCAUGUUCACCCAGCCACUCAUGUACAAGCAGAUCCACAGACAGGUGCCUGUGCUGAAGAAGUACGCAGACAAGCUGAUUGCCGAGGGCACAGUCACCCUGCAGGAGUUUGAGGAAGAAAUUGCCAAAUACGACCGGAUCUGUGAGGAGGCUUAUGGCAGGUCGAAGGAUAAAAAGAUCCUGCAUAUAAAGCACUGGUUGGACUCCCCCUGGCCUGGCUUCUUCAACGUAGAUGGGGAGCCCAAGAGCAUGACGUGCCCAGCCACGGGGAUCCCUGAGGACAUGCUCACCCAUAUCGGCAGCGUGGCCAGCUCUGUGCCCCUGGAGGACUUUAAGAUCCACACCGGCCUCUCUCGCAUUCUGCGGGGCCGUGCGGACAUGAUCAAGAACCGGACGGUGGACUGGGCGUUGGCAGAGUACAUGGCCUUUGGCUCCCUGCUGAAGGAGGGCAUCCACGUGCGGCUCAGCGGGCAGGAUGUGGAGAGGGGCACGUUCAGUCACCGGCACCACGUUCUCCAUGACCAGGAGGUUGACCGCAGGACGUGUGUGCCUAUGAAUCAUCUCUGGCCUGACCAGGCCCCGUACACCGUGUGCAACAGCUCCCUCUCGGAGUACGGAGUCCUGGGCUUUGAGCUGGGCUAUGCCAUGGCCAGCCCCAAUGCCCUAGUCCUCUGGGAGGCCCAGUUUGGGGACUUCCACAACACGGCCCAGUGCAUCAUCGACCAGUUCAUCAGCACCGGCCAGGCCAAGUGGGUGCGGCAUAAUGGCAUUGUGCUGCUGCUGCCCCAUGGCAUGGAAGGCAUGGGCCCAGAGCAUUCAUCAGCGAGGCCCGAGAGGUUCCUGCAGAUGAGCAAUGACGACUCGGAUGCCUACCCUGCAUUCACCAAGGACUUCGAGGUGAGCCAGCUCUAUGACUGCAACUGGAUUGUGGUCAACUGCUCCACACCGGCCAACUACUUCCACGUGCUGCGCCGGCAGAUCCUGCUGCCCUUCCGCAAGCCGCUGAUUAUCUUCACACCUAAAUCUCUGCUGAGGCACCCAGAGGCCAAGUCCAGCUUUGACCAAAUGGUAUCCGGGACCAGCUUCCAGCGGGUGAUUCCUGAAGAUGGGGCCGCAGCACGGGCCCCUGAGCAGGUGCGGCGGCUCAUCUUCUGCACGGGAAAGGUGUAUUAUGACCUGGUGAAGGAGCGGAGCAGCCAGGGCCUGGAGGAGAAAGUGGCCAUCACGCGCCUGGAGCAGAUCUCUCCAUUCCCCUUCGACCUGAUCAAGCAGGAGGCAGAGAAGUACCCAGGUGCAGAGCUGGCCUGGUGUCAGGAGGAGCACAAGAACAUGGGCUACUAUGACUACAUCAGCCCACGCUUCAUGACCAUCCUGAGGCGCGCGCGGCCCAUAUGGUAUGUUGGCCGGGACCCAGCGGCUGCACCAGCCACAGGAAACAGGAACACUCACCUAGUGUCACUGAAGAAGUUUCUGGAUACUGCCUUCAAUCUCCAGGCCUUUGAGGGCAAGACGUUUUAGAGCUGGGCAAGACCUGUGUAGGUCUCGCUGUGGGUCGGCUGGGGACCAAGGGGGUGAUGAAAAGGGGAGGGGCAGAGCUCCUGCCCAGGAGAGGGGCUGCGGGGCCCCAGGAUAAAACAGACUCACACAAUGACAGGGCCAAAGAGCCCCAGCACUGCUAGCCUUGGUGUCAUGCCAGAAUCUACCAGGACUGAGGGAGCCAGAGGAGUCCUAUAGGCAGGCUACUGUGCUGGAGCAUCCCCCAGCUGCUCCCAUCUUGCUGGAAUUUCUUGGGCGGCUUUUCCACCUGUGUCUCAAGACAGACACCCAGGGGCCUGUGUCUGUGGCCGCUCCCAUCCUGGCAGCCCUGGCUGCCGCUCGCCCCACCCUCGCUCAUCUGUAGAUUCAAAGCGAUGUUCUCUUCUGUGCUCUUAGAAGUAGGUAGUUCAGCAGUAACAGCCAGGUGAAGCGAACCUGCUGGGUGAUGUGUUUGCGCUCUGUUUUAUGGGGCAUUCCUGCGAGAUGUGUCAGCUUCUGUGUGAAAUGCAGCCACAGCUCAUGUGUACCAAAGUAGAAAACCAAAUCACAGAGAAAUAAAAACAUGCUUCAGAGAGA